AUGAGGCACGCGUCGAGUAGCAACAAGGUCGCUAAACCCCGCUUCCGGCCUGGCGGAGGAAGGACAGACCAAGGGUCUGGGAGAAAUCGGUCCAGAAAACAACGGAACGAGACGCACCAGUUCAACGAACUGCAAUCUGACGCGAACCAAGACUCGGACCACCCCGGUCCAAAGAGACUCAAGACAAGCCACGAUGCAAAUGAGUAUAGACGUCAAAGAAAUCUCAAAAAUCUUAUGAUGAUCAACCGCUUAGAGUCAAACAUAGGGCGAAUGGAAGCACAUUUGCAAGAACUGGGGUUUGAUAUCCGCAGAACAGAGUCAGCACAGACAUUGCCAGGAUUCGCGGAAUCCGAUUGUGCACAGUCGCCCCCAUCACCGCCGCUCUCCGAGCCUGCCGAUAGUGCAAACCAAGGAAGCUCGAAUGGUGGUCUACACCCGAAUGACACCUACGUAGGUUCGAGGGCACCUCAGAACCCCAUCUUUACGUGUCUUGAAACGGAUCAACUCGUGCCCGAUUCUCAAGAUGACGAGGAAGGCCGCCUUUGGGAUGACAUUGCUGGACUUCUCCUCCCGCGAUGCCUUCUCGACACUCCAACUGCUCGUGGUCUGAGGGCAUUAUCGCCUGAAGGAAUGAAGUGGAUGGGUCAAAAGGCCGGUGUGACCCCCACCCUAUCAUCUGAAAGUCAUUCGAAGGCCACAUUGUACGGCUCAUUGAGUGGUGACUACCCAAGAAAGGAGUUCUGCCCGCUACCCCCGAAAGAAGAAGCCUCAGCCCUUCUUUACGAGUUCUUGAAAAGCUUCAACUGCUUAUGCCCUCUAUAUGACCAGGCUAAGCUUGUGUCUCUCUUCGAUCAGGAUAAUCUUGACGUCGUUCUUCAAUCCCCUGCGCUCUGGGCCAGCGUCAACGUUGUAUUUGCUCUAGCAAUUGCUUUUCGCAUCAAGGAUAGAACUACUGCUCAGGCAGAACACCAAAGAAGCUGGCUCUUUAUCAAGAAUGCCUUUAGCGUCUACCAUGAUCUCUGCCUUGGUCAACCGGAUUUAUGGUCCAUUCAAGCUCUUCUCGGAAUGUCAAUUUUCUUUCUAGGGACGAUGUCCGCUGAGCCCUGCAACUUUCUCGUUGCUGCCGCGAUACGUAUGUGUCAACAGUUGGGGUUGGGGACUACUGAGGAAGGAGCUCCAGCAUCGUCCCAAGAUUUGAAACAGCGACGGUAUACUUUUUGGAUCGCCUAUUGCCUUGAUAGAGAGAUUUCUCUCCGCUUCGACAAGCCACCAGCGCAGAGUGAUGACGAUAUGAGCAUUGAAAUCCCUACAGAGCCACCGGCAGACGGUGCUCGCAUAAUUCCGACAAUCAAUCAACACAGCAAUUUCAAUGUUUUCAAAGCACAAUGCCAGCUCGCGACCAUCAAGGGCCAAUUAUAUAAGGAUCUGUAUUCAGCCACAGCAAAGAAUAGGACGUUGGGCGAGAUAAUAGCUUCCAUAGGGACACUGGAUGAGAAGCUUCAGGACUGGAUAGAAAACCUGCCGGCAGAUUGUCAACCAGAUGCGCCAGGCUUACCCAAGUUUUCCCAGCCGUCGAUAUCUGUUAUGAUGCUCUAUCUCCACUACUCCUACUUCCACUGCAUUAUUGCAAUCCAUCGGUUGAUCUGCAGUCGGAAAAUUAUGAUAGCGGACGAACUGCUAAAGAAGCAAGGUAUCGACUUUUCCGCUCCUCCACCCCACACUUCCAAAGUGUUUGAGUCUUCGAGUCUAUGUGCGCACGCUGCGAGGGCCUCUAUCAGACUGAUGAGAUAUAUGCCAGAGGGCCAUUUGUCUUUGAUUGGGUAA